AUGGGGCGCAAUUUAUCCCAAUCUCCAGUCAGGGAUAGACAUAGAAGCUCUCAUAGAGGUAGAGAUAGAGAUGCUUCUCCAGUAAGAGAGAAGCAACGGUCAAGCCGCAAUAACAAUAAAUCUCCGAGGAAGCGGGAGAUGUCUCGUUCUCCAUCUCCUCUUCCUCCUCCUCCUCCUCCAGCAAGACACAGGAGCUCUCAAAAGGACCGGUCUCCGGUGGAAAAAGAGAGAAAUUCAUAUCGCCCGAGGUCUCUUUCUCCAAGGACUAAAAGAUUAAGGAGAGCCCAAGAUGAGAAAGAGGGUGAAAAAACGAGGGAUGGAGAGAUUGAGAGGAAUCAUGAGAAGAAGGGAAGCGAGAAGGGUGGCACGCGAAGGGGAAGAGAGGGUGACAGAGAAGAUUAUGAAAGGAAUCAUGGAAAGGGAAGCGAUAGGGGUUCGCGAAGGGAGAGGGAGGGUGAGAGAGAAGUGGAGAGGAAUCACAGAGAAAGAGGAGAGAGCGAAGUUGGGAAGGAGAAAAGGUCAGGGAGGGAUGAGAUUGAAGGAAAGUCUUCUUCCAGAGGAAGGCGUGGGGGACGGUCUACUUCACCAUUGGAAUCAGACCGUCGCAACAGGAGCAAACAAAGGUCUCGAUCGCCGCCGUCUCAUUCAGAUAGAGACCGCAAUGAGGGGUUCCUUGCUUACGUGUGCAGGAACGAUGAUGAUGACAAUUAUGAUGAUUCUGUGGCUAAGAUGAAGGCUGCAGAGGAGGCUUUGGAAGCCAAGAAGAAGCAACAACCUUCUUUUGAGCUAUCUGGAAAGCUCGCUGCCGAAACCAAUAGAGUCAGAGGCGUUACAUUGCUGUUCACCGAGCCCCCAGAUGCUAAGAAACCUAAUGUAAGAUGGCGACUUUAUGUUUUUAAGGGUGGCGAGGCUCUGAAUGAAGCUGCUAGGACAUGCAUCUUGUCCAAACAGUGGCUUGACAUUUGGCGCAAUGCAAUGAACAUUGAUUUCAAUGAGAACUUUUUUGUUAAACAUCAUGAACCUGAAGAGAAUCGAAAAGUUCAACGAGAAGCUUUCAUCAACUUUGCUCGGCAGUUUAUUGCAAACUAUUCGGAAGAGUUUGUCAAAACACUUGCACUCAAAUGUUCAAAGCCAGGGGAUUUCCUUGAUGAUAUGCAAAACAUUAUCAUGUUUGCAAUUUCUUGUAAUGUGAAAAAAUUACGGCUAGAUUUCUCAGAUCCUACAUGGAGAGAGGAGGAAACUGAGAAUCACGAAGCAGUAUUUGAUUUGCCUUUGCAAGCUUAUGAAUCUGGCCAGGCUCUUGAGUCCUUGAGUUUGUUUUCCUGCAGUUUUGAUGCGUCUAAGUUCACUAAUUUUAGUGCAAUAAAGAGUCUUUCUCUGGGAUGGAUUAGAAUAAGCAUGGGAUCUAUUUUGGCUAUAUUGAAGAGUUGUCCAUUGUUAGAGAGUUUGAGUCUAAAGAAAUGUUGGGACUUAGAAUACUUUGAUGUAUCUAUACCAGAUCUGAGGCUACAAAGUUUGGUCCUUGACAAGUGCGAUUUUGGGGAUGAUUGGUUGUCAAUUGAGGGGCCAAAAUUUCAUUACUUUGAGUACUCAGGAAAAUUGGGUCAAUUUCACUUGGAGAAUCAAAGUGCUCUUGUAGAGGCUAAACUUGAUUUUGGGAUGCAGACUGAAUUUGAAGAAGUUGGCGUAUAUCUUUAUGAUCUCUUACAGGAGCUUUUUGCUGCUACAACUUUGACUGUCUGCAGUGUCUUCUUACAGAUUAUUCCUAGUGGAGACGAGCCAAUGGCUUUGCAAGCUCCACUUAAUGUCCGUAAUCUGAUCCUGAAAAUAGCACUGCACAGUAAUGAAUAUUGGGGUAUCAGGUUCAUGAUAAGGAGCUGUCCUUAUCUAGAGACUCUUACCAUAGACAUUGGCCCUGCAAGAAUUUUCGCAGAUUACCAACCUCCCUAUCCAUUCAUCCCUGAGGAAUUUUGGUCAAAGAACUUGCAUAUUGAAACUUGUGUCGUCAGCUCUCUUAGGGUGGUGAAUGUGAAGGGAUUCAAAGGCACAAUAAAUGAACUAUAUGUGCUGAGAUACUUCCUCCACUUCGGCCGUGUAAUGGAGGAGCUUAAUCUUUAUGUCCCCAAUGAACCUGGCGAAAACGGCGAAAAUAGGGAGUUCUAUAUGGGACAAGCACAGCGAGUUUUGGAAUUUCACAAGGCAUCUCGGAAUUUAAGUAUAUCAGUCUUGUAA